AUGGCAUCUCUACUAACGAUCAUAACUUCCAUUCUUCUCGCAACCAUCCUACCCUACUACCUGCUAACCACAUACUUCCGAGCCCGUCGAGCCUCACAAGCAGCUCAAACUCACGGCUGCAAGCCCAUCCCUCGAGUUCAAAGCCGCGACCCAAUCUUAGGCUUUGACACAUUUAUCAAAAUCCAAAAAGCAGAUGCCGCAGGACAUCGUUCCGAAGCAUACAGAGCACUUCAUCAACAGUAUGGCUCAACAUUCUUGAUGAAUUCACUAGGCACGGAACUCCAAACUUCUCAGGCUGAGAAUAUCCAAGCGAUUUGCACCUCUUCUUUUAACGAUUGGGGUGUGGGACCCAUGAGAGGAACCAUUGGACUUCCUUUUCUCGGACGGGGAAUUUUCACAGAAGAUGGUGAAUUCUGGAAACAUUCAAGAUCACUCGUUCGACCGACCUUUAGCAGAGCCGAGAUAGCAGAUCUAGAUAAUUUUGAACGUCACGUUACGCGGUUCUUAGCUUUUAUUCCAAGAGAUGGUUCGACCUUUGAUAUGCUCCCUCUUGUGAAAAGAUUGUUUCUUGACACAUCGACCGAAUUCCUAUUCGGCAAAUCAACAGAAUGUCUCGCCGAAGAUACACCCAUUGAGACCGACAUAUUUAUGAAAUCCUUCGACCGUGCUCUGUUAGGUUUAGCCUUACUUCUCAUAUUCAAACCUAUUCGAUGGCCACUGUACUUCGAUCCUUGGUGGAAAGAAGCAUAUACAAAUGUCCAUGCAUUCGUUGACAAACGUGUAUCAGCAGCCUUGGAGAAACAGCGAAACCCCAAAAAAGAAACGGGGCCCAAAAGAUAUGUUCUCCUGGAAGAAAUGACCAAAAUAACACAAGAUCCGUAUGAUCUCCGCAUGCAUAUCAUUAACGUAUUUUUUCCGGCUCGAGAUACAGCUGCUAUUGCUUUUGCUGAUGUUGUAUUUGAACUUGCUCGUCACCCUGGGGAAUGGAAGAAAUUGAAGAUGGAGGUUGAUAGCAUCGAUUCAAGCCAGGCAUUGACGUUUGAAUUUCUUCGCUCGUUGAGAGUAACCAAGGCUAUAAUUAACGAGUCCUUACGCUUACAUCCAGCUGCCUCGAGACUUGGUAAAAUAUCUCUAAGAGAUACAAUCCUACCGAAAGGUGGUGGGGAAGAUGGUCAAUCCCCAAUAUUCGUACCCAAGGGUACUGUGGUUGGGCUGGAUUUGUAUACAUUACAACGAGACCCAGCAAUAUGGGGAGCUGAUGCAGAUGAGUUUAAGCCAGAUCGAUGGUUAGAUGUAAACCGGCCGCUCUGGGAAGCGAAAUGGCAAUACGAGCCAUUUUUAGGUGGCAUCAGAAUGUGCCCUGCACAGAACCAGGUUCUGAUUCAAUUAUCAUAUCUUUUGGUUAGGCUUGCACAGCAAAUUGAAGUCAUCGAGAACAGGGACGAGGUUUUUGAAUACCUUGAACGCGUUACUAUGACCGUGGAAAGUAAGAAUGGGGCGAAAAUUGCUGUCAGAUAUGUUGAUUGA